AUGUUGCCAUCAUCAGAUAGUAACACAUCAACAGCUACUACUGCGCAAAAUGGUGUGAGUAGUGAUGGUGAUUGUUGUUAUUAUUCAAAUAAUGUUGGAUCAUUUGGAGAAAUGUAUUACCGAUUGUUAAAAAGGUUUCGGGAUGAAGAAAUGGAUGGCAAAUAUGAAAAGGAUCAUAACAUUUUGAUUACAGCUGAUUCUUUAUUGCAUGCUUUUCAUUAUAGUUACAAAUCGAUAUUGGAGUCUAUUGAAGUGCAAAUAUUAUUUCCAAAAUGUAAACAUUUAUUUACCAAGUUAUUUAAAAGUAUGAAGGAAACUUUGAUUAAACAUAAAUUUUCGGACUUUGCUAAUCCUUCUCCUCACUCCCUGUUGAAUGGAUUUGAGUUGGAACCAAGACCUAUUGGUCUUAUAGAGCAAGGAUUAUAUGAUUUGGAUUUUUUCAUAACACUUUCCACAUCUCUCAUUCAUGGAAAGGUUGAGGAUUCAUAUUUUAUGCAGAAUAGACAUAAUGUACAUUAUUUAUUUGAAUUAAUUCAUAGAAGAUGCGAACUUGGAAAUGAUUUCAGUUCAUCAUGCUGUUUAUUUACAAUUUUCGGAGAGAAGAGGUUUUUGGAAUUUAGACUCUAUCAACCAAAUUGGUUUUACAUUAGGGAUUACAUGAAUAAUUACUUUAAAUUAUUGAGUUGGUGUAAUAAUACAUUUAUGGACAUUACAAACAUUCAACAAUUUACACUCAUUUUGUUGGUGUGGCUUUUAGUUGAAGAAUCUAAAACUCUUGGUUGUGAAUAUUCUCAAAUUGAACAUUGCUACAAGAAUAUGAUUGGAAUCUCAGAUUCUGCCAAUUGUGAUGAUAUCACUACUACUUUGAGAGAAUAUUUCAAUAUGACUGAAUCUGGUACGGAAAAGAUUGCAGAAAAGCUUUACUACACUCUUACUCUUCCUGAAAAUGAAAAGGCCAUAAGAGAAAUUCAGCAAUUUGUAAUUAAGAAGAAUAUUGGGCUGAAUCAAAUUUCUAAUGCCAAUUUAAAAUCACCAAAAGAAGGAGUUGGUCACAAGGAUGAAUUUACAUUUUGCUUUUUUGGAAGAAAGUUCACUUUGGAUUCAUUCAUAUUCCAUAAUGUUACAUUUGACAGACUUAAAGAUGAAGAAAAUAUGAGAUAUCUUCCUAGAGUUAUUCCAACAAUUUUAGAUGUUGGAUACACAUUUUUAGAUUCUCCUGUUGCUGAGGAAAUUUUAAAGAACACUGAUCCAUAUCAUGACAUUGUGCUUGACAAGUUGAAUGAACUCAAAACCAGUAUUAAUGAGUACAAUUCCCAUCCAAGCAUUCAUAAUAUAUGGCUUGAUACUUUGAAAGGGUUAUCGACUAUUUCACCAUUGUUCCAAAAGGUGGAAAAGUAUACCGCCAAAGUGUUAAUAACCCAAUUUUCAAGCUUUUCUCAUCUCAAAUAUGACUCUUCACUAUUUGCAAAGCAGCACAUUGAAACAGAUAUUGAGCUUAUGGUAAAUAAGGAAGUAUUUGAUAUUGAUACCGAAGCAUCAGAAUAUGUGGAUAUUGGAUUUCUUGUUGAGGGAAGCACCACUUUCUUCACAAAAUUUGUUGCAUUAGUAACUUUUGUCAGAGAUUUACUUCAAAAUGAUGUUCAAUUUAGCUCAAUGCCCAUCAGCUCAGAAUCUGUGAAAUUCUAUAACAAUUUCAUCUCAACCCUGUCAGUGCUAGCUGAAAUUAAUAGGAAACAAACUGAGACUGGAGAAAAGUUGACUGAACAAGAAACGUCGUUUUUAUCCAACAUGAUAUUUGCAAAGAAGGAUCCAAAACAAUUCAAAACACAAACAUUCAAACAAGUGUUGGGUACUACCUCUCAAAACUAUUCUGUCAGUGGCUGGUAUCCUAACUUGUUUUUCAAAAGAGAUGAUGCAGGAAGAUUCAAACCAAUAGUGAUUGACAUUCACAGAUAUCCAGAUGUUGAUAAUGGUGUAAUCUUGUGGGAGGCAGUUGGUCCCAUUCAUCUAUUUGAAAUGUCUCUAAAGGAUAAAAAGUUCUUUGGACCAAUGUUCUCUCAAUUCGAAUUCAUAACACCAUACACCACCAAAUUGAAUAAUGCAACAUGGAAGAGUAAGCUCCAACACCCAAAUCUUGAAUAUAACGAGUGGAUGAAAAUGUUGAGUACUGAAAUUUGUUUAGGAAAGAACUUUAUUGGAUACAGUCAUUUGGAUCACUUUACAUGUGCUGAGUAUACUACUGGCUCUCCACCUUCUUCAGGGUCUUCAUCCUCUCCAAACUCUCCCAGCACGCCCAAUGUUGGUGAAUAA